GGCUGGGGUCUGGCACCCAGGCAAGCAGAAAAAGGCAUCCGGGUGGGGGGGUCCUGGCACGGUAUCACUGGGAGGCAUUUUGGGGGUGCCAGCAUCCCCGUCCCACCAUGGCAGCUCAGCCAUGUGGCUGUGGGAUGGAGUUUCUACUUCCAUCCUCGUGGGCAAACUCACCCUUGCAACAAACUCUCCUGCCACCCCCUUCCCCACUUGCACCCCCAAAAUCAUCCCCGGCCAGCGGUGCUGUUGGGAGGAUGGGGGGGGCACCAAGGGGGUCUCCUUUUUGCUGGUGGGACAAGAGGCCCAGAAGCCCACCCAGCCCCCCAGCUGGAUUUUUGGAGCAUGGGAGGGGGCUUGGGGGGCCGCUUACCCCUCGCCGGCCUCCCACGCUCCCUCCCCAAACCGGCCCUAAUGAGAACAAGCUGGUCCCAGGCUGCGGCGCAGGAGGAGGAGGAGGAGGAGAAGGAGGAGGAGGAGGUGGAGAAGGAGAAGGAGGAGGCUCCAUCCCAGCAGGCAGCAGAAAGGGGCGCGAGGAGGCGAGGUGUGCGGGACAGACCCCCAUCCUCCCGGCUCCCUCCCGCCGACGCGGCGGCUGCAGGCGAGGCCGCCGUGCACCAGCCCCAGGGGAGAUGGCGGCGGUGGCCGCGUGGCUACUGAUGCUGCUGGUGGUGGUGGCCACCCCCCCGGCCCUCUCGGCAGCCCCCCGGCACGCGGCAGUGCUCCCCGACGGCGGGGGCAGCGGGGACGGCGAGGAGGUCUCGGCCGCGCCGCCCGUCCGCCCCGUGACGCCGGGGAUCGGCCCGACGGUGGGGGACGCGGUGGGGACCACGGUGACCAACAGCUCGGCGCCCGGGGGCGUGUUGGACGGGCUGGUGGACUUCUUCAAGGAGUACAUGCUGCUGGUGGUGGUGGUGGGCUCGCUGGCCUUCGUCCUCCUCUUCAUCAUCUGCGCCGCCGUCAUCGUCCGGCAGAAGCACAAGGCCUCCGCCUACUACCCCUCCUCCUUCCCCAAGAAGAAGUACGUGGACGAGAGGGACAAGGUUGGGGGGGCCAGGGCUUUCAACGAGGUGCCGGAGAAAGCCCCCGACCCCAACGCCGAGGAGCCCCUCGAUUGCGGCCGGCAGCUGCAGGCAGACAUCCUGGCUGCUGCCCAGAACCUCAAAUCCCCCCCCUCCAAGGCACCGCUGGCCAACGGGGCCCGGGGGGAGCAGAAAUCUCCCCCCGAGGAGGAAGAGGAGGAGGAGGAAGGAAGCAAAAAGCUGGGCGAUGAGCAACCCGCUGAGCCCCCUCCCCAAAAUCCAGGCGCUGAGGAAGCGGCGGGGGCAACGGGAGCAGCCCCGGGUGGCCCCCAGGCCCCCCCCAGCAACUAGGGCAGGGACCCCGUGAGCCCGAGGGGCCACCAACUUGGAGGGGGGACACCCUGCAGACCCACAAUGGACAUGGUGGUUGUUGCUCCAUAAAGUACGUGGUGGCUCGAGGAAGCCCCGAUGAAGCCCCCCCUGCUGCCCCCCCCCCCGGGGCCCACUGACCCUCACACUUUGGCAAAGCCAUGGGGUGGGUUUUUUUGGCAGAUGGUGUUUUUGGGCAGUGCCAUCUGCCCCGUGGCUCCAAGGGGAUUUUCCCAUCUCCUCCCAGCUCCAGCUCUGACCCCCCCCCCCCCCCCCCCCCCCCCAACCCCCCCCC